UGAUUCCGCGAGGGGAGGAGGUUUGAGCCUUUUUGAGCGCGUGCAUCAUGUCCGGCCGCGGGAAGCAGGGAGGCAAAGUGCGGGCCAAGGCCAAGUCGCGCUCGUCGCGGGCCGGGCUGCAGUUCCCCGUGGGCCGUGUCCAUCGUCUGCUUCGGAAAGGUAACUACGCGGAGCGGGUGGGAGCCGGAGCGCCCGUCUACAUGGCGGCCGUGCUGGAGUACCUGACGGCCGAGAUCCUGGAGCUGGCGGGCAACGCGGCCCGCGACAACAAGAAGACGCGCAUCAUCCCCCGCCACCUGCAGCUGGCCAUCCGCAACGACGAGGAGCUCAACAAGCUGCUGGGCAAGGUGACGAUCGCGCAGGGCGGGGUGCUGCCCAACAUCCAGGCCGUGCUGCUGCCCAAGAAGACCGACAGUCACAAGGCCAAGAGCAAAUAAGCUUGACGGGCAAAGCUGCUCAGACUUUUCAUAACCUAACAUUAUAACCCAAAGGCUCUUUUCAGAGCCACCCACACUUUCAGAAAAGAGUUGUGUUGCUUUUUUUUUUUUAAAGAAGUGCUUUGGUGCUAAAUAUCUCUUACGUGCUGCUUUUGUUAGGGAGAUAAGCUAUAUUCUGUGGUAAUGCCUUUAAACUUUUGGUUUCUUUCUGAGAGGGGUGAUAUAUUUGCUCUCUAACUCAUCUUUUUAAAACACUAAUUAUAUUUGUAAUGAUUUAUUGCUUGUUUCCUGUCUUGUGGUAAGAUCAGUAACACACUCAUUCUUUAUUAAAUCUGUUUAACUUCAUGAUUUCA